AUGAUGAAUAAUAUAAAAACACUUGAUAUUCAAUCAGAAGAUAUAAAUUCAUUUGAUAUAAAUACAGUACAAAAAAUUUUUUAUUCUGAAUCAUCAAUAAUUCAUUGUUAUUUAAGUGAAUUUCAAGAAGAGUUUAUUUUAAAUAAUUCACAUUCAUCUAUGAAAGAAUUAGUAAUUAAUUCAUGUGAUUAUUUAUGUUUUGUCAAUAUUCUUAAUCAUUUUUGUUCACUUGAAAAAUUAACAAUUAAUACACUUUUAAUGUCAAGUAAUGUUAUUUUAGGAUCAAAUCCUUUCAAAGAAAAUUCAAUAUUAUUAAUUAAAGAUUUAAAAAUAUGUGCACAUAGUAUUCCAUUUGAUUAUCUACAACGAUUAUUUCGGUAUUUUGAAAAUAUUCAAAUAUUUUCAUUGUCAAUUGUUAGUGAUGAAGGUUAG